CAAGAAAGAUUUGUACCCGGAAGUGACAGUGCUGUAGUUGAAAGGUAACGUCAGACUUAAGAUUCUGUGCAAGUUAUUGCGAUAUUUGGUUCCUGGAUGUAUGUCAAAUGAGUGCUGUACUGUCUCUUCACGGUGAUUAUGACAUGAAUUGUAAAACGACGUCGACAGACGUCGCUUUUCCUAUUUUAAUGUUAGACCUAUGGUUGUAACCUCGCUCUAUAGUUAGCCAGCUAGGUAGCAUAACAUUAAUCAGCCGACGACAGAACGACGAAUCGGACGUUUCUGCUUUUCUCUCUGCUAUCUUCAAAUAAGUAUUUUAUCAAAAUGAUAUCAGAAGGCAGUUCCUUCAUAAAGGGCAUGGUACUGGGAGCUGUAUUUUGCCUGCUGCUUUCCAUAAUGGGGAGUUUCAGUCCAAUUCAGCCCAGCUCUUCAGAUGGUGAAGAGGAGCACCACCAUCACCAUGUCAUUGCUCCAAGCAACAAGGAUAUGCAGAAGCUGACUGAGGCACAGAUGCUGGAACUCGGCCAAAAGGUGCGGGUGUAUUGCAUCAUCAUGGUCACGCCCAAGAUCCUGGUCUACUGGGCGGCAGCAAAUGACACCUGGGCUAAGCAUUGUGACAAGACCGCCUACUACAGUUCUGAAUCAUCCAAAGCCUUAGAGUCGAUAGACCUGCAAGAGCAGGAUGAGUGGACCAGGAUACGCAAAGCCCUGACGCAUGCGUAUGAGAAUGCUGGGGAUCUGCGCUGGUUCUUUAUGGCACGCCCCACCACGUUUGCCAUCAUUGAGAACCUGAAAUACCUGAUCCUAGACAAGGACCCGACCCAGCCCUUCUAUCUGGGUCGCUCUCAGAACUCUGGGGAACUUGACUACGUGGAGUAUGACAGUGGCAUUGUGUUCAGCUACGAUGCCCUGAAGCGGUUGAUGGAGGUGCUGAAGAACGAGGACCUGUGCCCGGAGCGGGGACGUGCCCUGUGGAAGGUGAGCGAGGAGAAGCAGCUGGCCAUCUGUCUGAAGUAUGCGGGGGUGUUUGCAGAGAAUGGGGAGGAUGCUCACGGCGUAACUCUCUUCAACAGCCAGAGCAUCAAUACCCUCAUCACAGAGAGCAUCGCCCAAAACCCUGACAAAGUACUGGAGACCUGCUGCUCAGACAUGGCCAUUAGCUUCAGUGGGAUGUCGCCCAGCCAGAUGCAGGUCAUGAUGUACGGGGUUUACAGGCUCAGGCCGUAUGGACACGACUUCCAUGAUUCAAUGAUGUUUCUGCCGCCGAAGGGGUCCGAUAAUGACUGAUUCAUGUCUUUGUUUUCAGCUGAGUAAUAGAGAACGAAACAGGUCCUGGGACAUUAGGCCUGUACGCUCUAGGGCAGUGGAGGAUUGUAACUCACAUCGUGAUUGGAUGGAGUCAGAUUGUGUGGAAUGUCAUGUUCACAGAAAUCAGCUUGUGUUAUUGCUUGGGGAAUGUACAGUACUGUAACAUUUAGAAGAUACAAUCAUAAUUCUUCAUACCAAAUCCAAGGGACUAAUAUGAGAAUAAAAUGGUUCAGGAGAGAGCAAAUCCGUUAUCAAGAAUACUUUUAUUUCAGUAGUUGUUUUCUCAUCUGUAUGUUUUCACCUUGCCCUUUAAACGUAGUUCUUUAAGGCUUUAUCAGCACCCCUUGUACUGGAACAGAAGGCACAUAACCCUUGUCAUUUCAAAUAUGUGAAAAACCUGUGAAAUCUCUUCAGGAUUCAUAACACCAUAACAAUGUCUUGGAGAUCACCUGUGACAUUAUGAAAUGUUGAAGUAUUUGUGGAAAGAAAAAUUACAAACCUGCACUAUGAUUUGCUGGAAGUUUACAACUUGAGCCCUGUACAAUAACUACAAGAGGAAGUUUUGUUAAAUUAGAUAUGUCUGGAUUAUUAAGACCUUUCCAGCUUAACAUUGAUAAAAUGUCAGCCUUAAUACAAUGGCACAGAUUUAUUACGCAGAGGUUCUUGUUAGACAACUACUUGUUUGGCCUAAAAUGUUUAUUGUUAUUCCGAUCAUAUUGAUUUUAUACAUAUUUCCUCUAACAUCCACACUUCCACAUUUUUAGUCACUUGUUAGCCUAAUUUCAUGUAUUGUAAUUGGAGAACAAAUCUUGUUUUAAUAUUAUCUCCCUUAUAGUAAGCAAUAUAGUUAGUUUGGUGGCAUGUAAAAAGCAUAUAAGUCACCAAACGGGCAGAAAUUUGAACAGCUAUGACUUAGAAAACAGUGCAUUAGUUGUGUACAGGACUCUGCAUAAGGUUCAGCUGUUGCUGUUGUCACCGUCAUGACAUUACACACAAUCCCAACAAAUUGCUGAGCUAGGCUGUUAGAUAUUAAUUGCAAAAAUACGAUGCCUCAAAUUUUCUAGUGUUCUCUGACCAUUACCUUAAAAUUAACUGAGAGAUAUGAAGGCCUUCUUAAACUGGAACUACUUGAGUGCAACCUGCGGCAGUGGGAUGAGUUUACAAUCAAUCGCAGUCUUGACUUUGUGUUGUUCAUUGACAGUGAUAUUUUGAUUACCAUGAGCCACUUUUUCCCCAACACAGCAUGCAGUUUUGAAUAUGUUAGAGUUGUUUAUCUGAAGAUAUUUAAAAGGGAGAUAAUUGGGUUUUUCUGAAAUUACCAUUUGUCACAUCUGACCACAACUUUCCAAUGAUACUGGCACAUACUUUACCUGUUGCAUCAUCACGUAGGUCAAGCGAAAUACACAUAGUUCACAGAGGCACAUGCUGUGGAAUUGCAGAAUGUAAUGAAAAUGUUAAGGAAUUAGUGUAAGAUUGUGCUGAGGAAGAAAGUACCAUAGACCAAAGACUGUGCACCCAUCACCAGCUAUUUCAUAAAAUGUACAUAAAAAUAAAUCACUGGUGAAACAGUUGUACUAAAUGUGAGGGAUUAUUUAUAAUGAUUUUCUUACAGUUUUUAAACAUGUGCUAGAAAGAGAUUUGGUCACACCCAUUGCAGUGUCUGUACAAACUUUGAUAAUAAACCCUGUGAUCCGACAA